AACUACCCUUGUCAGAACGCAAAAGACCUACCAAAGUCUUCCUACCAAUAGACUCAACCUUGAAAUGUGAAAUUCUGAAGCUAAUCACAAAACCCUAACCCCCAUUUUCUUCUUUUCUGCUCUCCGAAAUGCUCAACUGUUUCCUGCUCUCUCUGCUCCUCGCAAUCUCCUGCUUUCUGCUUCGAUCCGGGGCUUCAUACUCUGUUUCUAACUCCUCUCAAAACCUAGCUCAAGUUAAAGAAUCAUGUGAUCCUGGUUGGUCUAGUGGCCCAAGUGGGACAAAGUGUUACAAGUAUAUUUCAAACUCAGACUCAUGGGAUGACUCUGAGACUAACUGCACAAAUUCUGGAGGAACACUAGCAGCUAUAACAUCCCUGGAAGAACUUACUUUUGUUCAGAAGCUUUGUGUUGAAGUCACAAAGGGAUGCUGGGUUGGAGGAAGGAGCAGCAAUAACACUGGUGGUCUGGGUUGGAAAUGGUCUGAUGGCACAUCUAAUUGGAAUGUGAAUCUCAGUCCUAAGGUGACUAACAACUCAAGUUGCCAGAAUUUCACAUGCAACAUUGAUAGUGCGGUGGACAUCUGCACACUAGUGACAAAUGGAACUUCAGUACUCAUAGCUGAGAGAUGCAAUGUGUCUCAUGCAUUCAUAUGCAUGGUUAAUGCUGGGAGCAAAUGUCACAAUAUGCGCUGUCACAGGGAAUAUCUGAUUAUUCUUGCUGUUGUGAGUGGUUUAAUCCUCUGCAGUACUAUGGCUGUUGUAAUAUGGCUUCUCAUCUAUAAACGAAGUAAAAGACGUAAGAGAUCACGUGCAGCAUUAGCAUUAGUUCCUCCAUCAUGGAAAAUCUUUACCCGUGAGGAAAUAAAGUCUAUUACAAAGAAUUUCAGUGAAGGAAAUCGUCUCAUUGGGGAUGCCAAAACAGGCGGUACGUAUAGUGGAGUUUUACCUGAUGGAUCAAGGGUGGCUGUUAAAAGGCUGAAAAGGUCUGGGUUUCAGAGAAAAAAGGAGUUCUAUUCUGAAAUUGGAAGGGUGGCAAGACUUCAUCAUCCAAACCUUGUUGCAAUCAAGGGAUGCUGUUACCAUCAUAGUGAUCGCUACAUAGUGUACGAAUUUGUAGCAAAUGGACCCUUGGAUAGAUGGCUGCACCAUAUUCCUAGAGGGGGCAGGUGUUUGGACUGGACCAUGAGGAUGAAAAUUGCCACAACUCUUGCUCAAGGAAUUGCGUUCCUCCAUGACAAGGUGAAGCCACAAGUAGUGCAUCGAGAUAUUCGUGCAAGUAAUGUGCUCCUUGAUGAGGACUUUGGUGCUCAUCUCAUGGGUGUUGGUCUCUCUAAAUUUGUUCCAUGGGAAGUAAUGCAUGAGAGGAGGGUCAUGGCAGGCGGGACAUAUGGAUAUCUUGCUCCAGAAUUUGUUUAUAGAAACGAGCUUACUACAAAGAGCGAUGUCUAUAGCUUUGGAGUACUCUUGCUUGAAAUUGUCAGCGGACGCAGGCCAGCACAAGCUGUUGACUCAGUCGGUUGGCAAAGUAUAUUCGAGUGGGCUACACCUCUGGUUCAAGCUCACCGCUAUGUGGAGCUCUUGGAUCCUCUUAUAUCCUCGUCUUCCUCUUCACAAAUUCCCGAAGUUGGAGUAGUUCAGAAAGUAGUCGACCUCGUAUACUCUUGCACACAACAUGUACCAUCCAUGCGGCCCAGAAUGUCGCACAUUGUCCACCAACUGCAGCAGUUGGCCCAGCCCCCCAUUGUAAAGUAAGUUAAAUUUGUAGUUGCCUAGCUAGCUAGAUUGUAAUUCAUAUUUAGAGGACACAUGUGGGUGGGUGUUUUUCUCUACCCCUAUUAGCUCUAGUUUUCUAAAUGUCAGGUAAAAUAGAGGGGAAUAACAAAAACUAAAAAUAGCAGUCUCAAUGUUUAGCUAGUUGUAGGGUUGAAUGCAUGAUGAACUGUUGUCUGUCUAAUCUUUUGUAUUUCUGGGAAUCAACUUCUGAUUUUAUACCAAUUUCAGAACUAAACUUUAUACCCCAGCUUAA